AUGGGAAACCAAAGAGACGCCCAGGUGGCUGUCCCUAGAUCGCAGAGCAUAGAUGCCGACAAUGCAUCGAGUUCCGAUGAAAGCUCCUUCACGAAACCCACAAGGACGUGGAGAAGCAUGGUGUGGGAUACAUGGGAGCUCCCGCCCAAGGAGCGAUGGCUACUUUUCAAAGUCGAUGCAUUCGUACUCACAUUCGCGUCGAUCGGAUAUUUUUUGAAGAAUAUCGACCAAACCAAUGUCAACAAUGCCUUCCUCAGUGGCAUGGAGGAGGAUCUGGAGAUGUUUGGCAACCAACUUGUGACAAGCACAUCGAUUUGGACAGUAGGAUACGUGAUCGGCCAAAUUCCAUGCAAUUUGCUGUUGACCCGAGUCUCGCCACGAUGGGUCAUUCCAACCUUAGAGGUUGGAUGGGGCCUUGCGACAAUCUGCACAUCGGCUGUAAAGAACUAUCAGGCACUAUACGCACUCCGUUUUUUAGUCGGCUUUUUUGAAUCUGGAUUUUACCCAGGAAUCCACUAUAUGCUUGGAUCGUGGUACACUCCACGGGAGAUUGGAAAACGAGCAAUGAUCUUUUGGUUAGCCGGAUCAGUUGGCUCCCUGUUCAGUGGUUUCCUUCAGGCUGCCGCAUACCAAAAUCUCAAUGGAACUCAUGGUUACGCGGGCUGGCGUUGGCUGUUCAUUAUCGAUGGCAUCAUCACACUUCCGCUCGCAGUCGCUGGAUACGUCUUCUUCCCUAAUUUACCCCAAGGGGGCAAGAAAACCUGGUGGACUACUGAAGAAGAGCACCUCCUUUCCAUUCGGAGAAUGAAAGGUAUUGGACGCGCUGGAAAACAGCCCUGGACAAAAGCAAAAGCCAAGAAGAUUCUUCUUAGUUGGCAAACCUAUCUACUUCCUUUGCUCUAUAUUGUUUGGAACAACGGAAUUCCCCAGCCGAGUAUGGGAUAUUGGUUGAAAAGCUUCAAUAAGGAUCCUCCUCCUGUUCCUGGAACAUCAUACACAGUCCCCCAAAUCAACAACCUACCUCUUCCCACGACUGCUGUUCUGAUUGGCAUGGGCUUAAUCUGGGCCUGGGUGUCAGACGGACCCUGCCGUGGUGCCCGUUGGCCAUUCAUCUAUAUUGGCGCUUUUACUACCAUUAUCAUCAGUUCGCUUUUGCUCAAGCUACCCCUAUACACCAACAUGAAUGGCCGCAAAGCUGUCUAUUGGCUCGCCAAAGUCGGCGAAGGUGCUGGGCCCUUGAUUUUAAGUUGGAUCAAUGAGAUUUGCUCCGAUGAUACCGAGAUGCGGGCUCUUCUUGUCGCAAUGGCCAAUGACCUCGCCUAUGUGGUACAGGCAGUGGCUCCUAAUUUUGUCUGGAAAACUACGGAUUUCCCCCGAGCCGCUAAAGGACACACAUAUUCUAUUGUGCUUCAAGUCCUGCUCAUUCUGACUACUGCCUCCAUUCAACUCUUGCUCUGGAAUGACAAGAGAAGAUCCAAGAGGACAGACCCAGAGUCCCAGGUAGUAACUGGUAUUGAAGAAUCAGCCCUGAACGCCCAGACCGACCGAACGCUGAGUGACACUGAAGGCAAUGGUGAUGGAAAGGCCCCUAAAGUCUCCACAACAAAGUAUGUUAGGAAUUCCUAG